UCUUUUCUGGCAUUCGUGUUAGAGAUUUGGAAUAAUGUCGUGUGAAUAUAUUCUUUAAAAUGUUAAGUAAAAUAAAGUUAUAUCAAACUUAUUAUUUUAUUGAGAAGAUGGUGUCAGAAUUCUUUAAAUAAUGAGACUUUAUUGAGGAUAAGUUUUAUCUUUGACAAAAGUGAAAGUUAUGAAACAAUAUGGCUUCUUCAGAAUUAGCACACGUAUGGAAAAACAAUGUGAAAUUCUCCAAAGUAUUCAAAAACAAAUAGAACUUCAAGGAUCGUCAAAUGGAACUGCUGAAGCAACGUUAAAGUCGGCAAAGAAGCUCAUUCUCAAAUGUUAUGAAACAGGUGAGGACUUUUGGAUCUUACUGUUACACCAGAGAAAUUUUUCCAAUAAUGAAGAUCAUUGCAGCCCAGCACAAAAGUUCUUGUCUAGAAGAACUAGGACCUUUUUGCCAAGUACAUCAGAACAAAUGGUUCCUGUAAGAAUUAACAACAUUCCAGAAAAUCUAAUGAUAAGAAAAGAAAAAUCUAAAUAUUUUUAUGACAAAUAGGUCAAAAUGUAGCCGUUCAAAUAAAUCCAGAAAACAAUAAUACAUGGAAACCGAAGCUAUACCGAAAAUUGAUUAAUAAAAUAAAGUUAUAUCAAACUUAUUAUUAUUAUUUUAUUGAGAAGAUGGGCCAAGACAAAUGUCCAGCUUUUUGGAAAAACUGUCUAUGUUGUGGUUUGAAAAAUAAUUUUCAGUAAAAAGGAUGUCAAAAUUAGAUGCAUUUAAUGCAAUAUUAAUGUCUCUACAGACUGCUUCAUUGGUAAAAUUGGUCUACUAUAAUUAAGAUAAGAACUUGCUGUGGAUUUUUUCUUCAAAUAAAUUACUUGAGUGUUGUAAGCAAAAAAUAUGAAUGUAAAAAAAGCCCUACAGGACAAUAUUUUUUGUUAUUUUCGGAGAUUUUGAUUUGUUUUGUUUGUUUAAAAUUAGAUUAAUUGUUAUUACUGUUGUAAAAAAAGAGAGAACUUUGAUCAAACCGAGUAUUAUUAUAAGUUCAUAUGUAUUCCUAGUUUAUAAACACUUUUGAAAUUCCGUUGUAAUACGGAAUAUAGUUAAUCGAUUACACUUCUGUGGUUAUGUGAACUAUUUUACAACGAAUAUUGUAUUCAUAAUGAAAAAUGUUUAAGAAAUCCACUUUGUGCCAUAAGAAGUAACAUUGUGAAUGCAAAUAUUGUUAAAAUAUAAUGAAUAUUGUGUUGUACACAACGCCAGCGUUUUGCACAAAAUGGAAUUUCACUCAUAAAUGUUUUUAACUUCAGUGAAUUUAUGGAAUGAGCA